CGCAAAAGAUCUCGUGGCGCGACAACGGCGUGCCGUCGGCGAGGGAAGCAUGAGCGAUGCUUCGUUCGACUCUCUUAAAGACUACAACACACUCAUGGACGUGUUUCCUGCGGCCAUGGAGACUCCGGAUCCCGUUUCGAUGCUCAGCCAGGCGCUCAAGGCGGUGGCUACAGUUUCUCGCGCAACGUCAGCACACCUGGUGACGGAUGUCUACUCAUGGUAUCAUUGUGCUCGAGCGUGCUGCAAUUCAUGGUCGUGCAGGGGAUAUGGCGUCGAAGGGAGUCUUGGACACAACGAUACUGCCAACUGCGACAUUCCAAAACCCAUCGCAACAUUUCGCCGUAUGUCGAUCCAACAAUUCUCGGCAGGCAGACACCUGUCGCUCUUUGUCAGUGAACACGGCGACGUGUAUCAAUGUGGCCAAUUCAGUGACUGUACGACAGCCUCCCAAUGGAUUCCACGGCGCAUUCACGCGCUCCCGCCGAUUCAAACCACAGCCGCCGGCACCAAGGCUUGUUACGCCAUUUCAGGUCCGUCCGCCGAUUCAACGCCAUCGUGUCACCACGCACGUAGCGCCCGAGACGAUUGUGUCCGAUUUUGUUGGCCAGGGAAGGUCGACUUUGCAAACUUCCGACCGAUCGGGUAUGGAUGCGCGCAUCGCUCCAUGCCGUUCCCACUUGCCGCAUGCAUGAUAGUAGCCACCGAGAACGCACAAGGAGGUGUGCUUUUUGCAUGGGGCAACGGGACGUUUGGCCAGCUAGGGCUUGGUAGUGAAGCCAAGCAUCAGGUUCCGCACAUCGUGCAUGCGUUGAUGCACGUCCGGGUGACGAUUGUUCGAGCUGGAUUUCACUUUGCUGCUGCAAUAACGUCUCAAGGGCACUUAUACACAUGGGGAUACGGUCGGCAUGGACAGCUCGGGCACAACUCGACCGCCAACGAGCUGUCCCCGCGGAGAGUUGAAGGGCUAGCGUGCGUCGUCGAUGUCGCGCUCGGGUCGACGCAUGCGCUGGCCAUCUCAGGAUCUCGCGUGUUUAGCUGGGGCCACAACACGGCGGGGUGCUUGGGCAUCGGUGGCCCUGUCGACCGAGACGUGCUCGUGCCAACCGAAGUGCUCUUCUUCAGACACAUGCAAACGUGCCACGUGUCGGCGGGAUCGGACCACUCGCUCUUUGUACGAUGCCCCCGUUCACGUCGUCGUCACACCUUCCGCUAGCUUUGCGUUGUCGGUAUCAAGACGUACGUGUACUCGUGUGGAAGUAAUCGAUUCGGUCAGCUCGGUAUCAACGCGACCAUCUCGCACUCGGACAACCCUCAAUGCGUCCAAGAAUUUGAAUACCGUUCCCAGUCACGGCGAGUGGCCCAAGUGUUUGCGGGCGAUCGGUACUCGGUCGCGUUGUUAGGUGCGUCGAUCUCUGCGCCAGGCUCGUCACGACUCGCCUGGCGCAGUGACUGGGCAAGUGUUUGCGUGGGGCGAUGGCUCGUACUGCAAGACAGCUCACGGCGCCAACCGCACGCUGACGUGUGUUCCAUGGCUGGUCGAAGCCAUCUCGAAUCGUUUUGCAUUGAAAAUCGCUGUCGGGUUUGCGCACUCGAUGGUGCUGUUUCGUCGAGACGACAGCAACACCAUGAAUCGAUUCCGUCAAUUCCCCAUCAAACACCUCGCGCCGUUCCUGACCGUAUCCGAGGCGUACGCGUCGGCCGCUCGGCCUACAGCACGCGACAUCGUGGCGGCUGCGAUGGGCGGCCGAUGUGAGUGCGACCACGUCCACCGAUCCGAGUAUGC